AUGGUGAUGGUGGUUAGCGCGACAGCUCUCCUCAAAGGACUAGCAGCAACAGCAGCAGCAGCAGCAGCAGCAGCAGCAGCAGCUGCUGCUGUUGCUGCUGCUGCUGCUGUUCUUCCGGGGGUAGCAGCCGAACAGCAGCAGCAGAGGCAGCAGCAGCAAGAGCAGCAGCAGGAAUUGCAGCAGCUUCUGCGCCAACAACUGGAACGCCAGCAGCAGCGAAAACAGCUUCAGCAGCAGCAGCAGAAGCACCACCAACAACAGCAGGAGCAACAGCAGCAACAGCAGCAGCAGCUGCUGCUGCUUCCCUGCAGCAGCAGCAGCAGCAGCAGCAGCAACUGGAACAGCAAAUGUGUUAAGGGCAGCUCGUGCAUAGGCGUUGUCUUCUACCACAUCUGCUGCACCUCAACAGCAGCAGCAGCAGCAGCAGCAGCAGGAGCAGCAGGAGCUGUAUUAUCAUCAUCAGCAGGAUGGCUGCAGCAGCAACAGCAACAGCAGCAGCAGCAGCAGCAGCAGCAACAGCAGAAGCAGCAGACGCCUAUCCACAAGCCACGGUACUUCUUCCAACGCUAA